GGAGAAAGCAGCGGCGGCGGUUUGAAUGCACUACUCUCGCAGCGGCCAAUCUGUCUUGUGCCUCCGUCCGAAUAACAACGGAAAUUAUAUUUCUUUUCCGUUCUCCACUGCUCGCUGCAUCCUCUCAAGAUGCGAGCGGCGCCGCACUCAGAGCCUCGACCCGACGGCAACAGGAUGGAGUCUCAGGGUGCCCGGCUGCUGCUCGACGUGUUCCUCUUCAUCGCCACCUCCCUCUACUACAUUCUGGAGGCGUGCUUUCUCACCCUGGUGCCGUUCAGGUUUCGCUGCGACCCCGACAGACUCAGGGGGCAGAUUGCCCUGGUCACCGGCGGUGCCGGAGGCGUCGGCAGGUACCUGUGCGUCAAACUGGCUCAGAGAGGCACCACGGUGGUCAUCUGGGACGUCAAUGCUGAGGGUAUCAAGGAAACUGUAAAGGCGGUGCAAGCUGCGGGUGGAAAAGCAGUUGGCUACGUUUGCGACCUCUCGAGCCGCGCUUCCAUCUACCAGACGGCUGAGCAGGUCAGACGUGAAGUUGGAAAGGUGGACAUUGUGGUCAACAAUGCUGCCAUGAUCAACUGCAAAUUGAUGCUAGACAUCGAGGAUGACAAAAUCGCAAAAACUUUCGAUGUCAACAUUCUUGCUCACUUUUGGAUGGCUAAGGCGUUUCUUCCCGAAAUGAUUAGCACGCAAAGAGGACACAUUGUAACCGUGGCCAGCAUCACAGGCAUCCUUGGCACUCACAUGUGCUCCGACUAUAGUGCCACAAAGUUCGCCGCCUGCGGAUUCCACGAAGUGCUCUACACGGAGCUACAGGUGGAAAAGAAAACAGGUGUCGAUUGCACGUUAGUCUGCCCGUAUCACAUCAACACACCCAUGUUCCAAGGAGUCAAACCCAGGUUUAGACCUUGUUUGGAGCCAGAUUACGUGGCUGAGCAGAUCGUGCUUGCCAUUCUCAAGAAAGAGAACUUUGUCAUCUUGCCAAAUAUGCUCAGAUGGUUCUUCCCAGUCAAAUUUUUCCUGCCGGCAAAAAUGUGCUGGUCGUUAAUGUACAAUGUGCUGCAAACGCCGCAGUCGAUGAUGAAAUUCAAAGGAAAUGAGGAAAAGGUGGAAUAAAGAGCAUUUUUUAAGCAAUUGUAUUUUUAAGUUAUUAACUAUUACUGAACUGUACAUUAUGGUAUUGCCAAAAAUAAAACUGUUUAAAAUCUUAUUAUUUU